AUGGCGCCCCUAAUCAACCACCUCUACACGGCCGAUCCGUCAGCCCACGUCUUCAACGGCAAGGUCUACAUCUACCCCUCGCACGACCGCGAGACAGACAUCAAGUUCAACGACAACGGCGACCAGUACGACAUGGCAGACUACCACGUCUUCAGCCUGGACAGCCUUGACCCGGCGUCGGCCGUGACGGACCACGGCGCCGUGCUGACUCUCGCCGACGUGCCAUGGGCGUCCAAGCAGCUCUGGGCCCCGGACGCGGCUCGCAACCCCUCCACGGGGAAGUACCACCUGUUCUUCCCGGCGCGCGACAAGGAAGGCAUCUUCCGCAUCGGCGUGGCGACAGGCGACGCGCCCGAGGGGCCCUUCAAGGCAGAGGAGAGCUACAUCGCGGGGUCGUACUCGAUCGACCCGGCCGUGCUGGUCGACGACGACGACGCGGCCUACCUGUACUUCGGCGGGCUGUGGGGCGGCCAGCUGCAGUGCUACCAGGGCAGCGUCGACGGCACGGCCUUCGAUGCGUCCUGGUCCGGGCCCAAGGAGCCCUCCGGCCCCGGGGCCGUGGCGCUCGGCCCGCGCGUCGCGCGCCUCACCAAGGACAUGAAGGCGCUGGACGGCGGGGUGCACGAGAUCGCGAUCCUGGACCCGGGGUCCGGGGAGCGCAUCGCGGCUGACGACCACGACCGGCGGUUCUUCGAGGCCGCGUGGUGCCACAAGCGCAAGGGCAAGUACUACUUCUCGUACUCGACCGGCGACUCGCACUUCCUGUGCUACGCGGUGGGCGACUCGCCGCUGGGCCCCUUUGUGUACGGCGGCCGGAUGCUGGAGCCCGUGCUUGGUUGGACUACGCACCACUCGGUGGUUGAAUUUCCCGAGGGGAGCGACCGUUGGUGGUUGUUUCACCAUGACUGUGAGCUGAGCAACGGGGUUGAUCAUUUGCGGAGUGUGAAGGUUAAGGAGGUCUUCUAUGAUGGGGAUCAGAUUGUGCAGGAGAAGCCGGGGGCGUAG